AUGGAGGAAAACCUGAUCCUCAGACCAAGGUCUCACUCCCGAGAUCCGGACUUGGAUGUCUCACAUCUUGCUGAGCUGCAUUAUGUGGCUGAGCAGACUGCUCGCCAUGUGCGGUCCUGGGAAGGACAGGAAGAUGCACCUCCAUGUCCUGACUUCAAGGGUUCCUGGUCGAGCGUCACCCCUAAGUUGAGGGAUGUGUACAUCGAGCGUGUGAAGUACCUUUCCAGGGUGCAUGGCCAGGCGCAGAAGGACUAUGAGGGCUUCGUGAAGAGUUUGUAUGAGCGCUGUUAUGGGGGGAUGGAUCAGUUGGCUGCUGAGACGAUUUCUUGCGUUGGUUUUGCCGAGUUUAAAGUUCUCAUUGAUGGGUUUGGUUCAGGGUUUGCUGUCUUUUCUGACCAGAAUGUUUUGUCUGACAUGCAGGGGGGUGGCGAUGAUGUCGUCACAGAGUCUAUGGUUGUUGAUCAGGGAGAAUCAGAACCGGUGGCUGACCCUUCUAAUGAGGAUGUUCCUAUGACGGACCCAGUCGAGGAGCCUCCAGCGGAGUAUGAUAUCGCGGACACCGAAAACCCAGGUAUUACUGCUCUGGAGAACGCCGUGACAAAGGGCACCAUUGUGCUGAAGAAGCUGUACGCGGUCUUGGAUGAAUCGGUUGCCUGGGGCGCUGAGAGGGAUUGGAAGGCUGAAAUUGUGCGGACUCUGGAAUAUGCCGGUACGGAGAAGGUGAUCAUUGGGGUCGUCGGAUGUACUGGGGCCGGAAAAUCAUCACUCAUUAAUGCGAUUCUUGAUGAGAAGAAUGUUUUGUCGACGGACUGUAUGCGUGCUUCUACCGCUGUGGCCACGGAAAUUUCCUACAAUGAUGGAAAGAGCAAAUACAGAGCGGAGGUGGAGUUCAUCAAGCAGAAGGAGUGGGAGCGCGAGCUGGAGAUUUUGUUUGCAGAGAUCCGUGACCAUCAGGAGGAAGUCGCUCGAGGGGCGAUUCCCAAGGACUCCGAUGCAGCAGUGGCUCUUGACAAGAUCAAAUCUGUUUACCCUACGAUGACACCCCAGGACAUUUUGAACGCUUCUGUCGCCGAUCUGUUGGGAAACGAAAGGGUUUCAGAGCUCCUUGGAACGACACUUGGCUUCGAAGGAAAUGACUCCAAGGCCUUUUCAGCCAAGUUGAAAUUCUAUAUCGACAGCAAGGGCAAAAGGGGUCGGCCAAAGAAGUCUGCUAAAAAGGAGGAGGACGCUGCUGGGCAGGCGGACUCUACCAGCAAGUCAGAUACAUCCGACCAUGGGAUCGGGCUUUGGCCACUUGUGCGUGUGGUGCGAAUUUACACUAGGGCCUCGGCUUUGGCGACAGGUGCUGUGUUGGUUGACCUUCCUGGAAUUUUUGACUCGAAUGCAGCGCGAGUGGCUGUCGCCGAGGAAUACAUGAGACGCUGCUCUGCCCAUUGGAUCGUGGCUCCCAUCAAUCGUGCCGUAGACGACAAAGUCGCCCGUGACUUGCUCGGGAAGAACUACAAGCUGCAGAUGCAAAUGGAAUGUGCCUUCAACGACAUCACAUUCAUCUGUACGAAAACUGACGACAUUGCCCCGGUGGAAGUCAUCCAGUCUCUGGGACUCGACUUACCAUCAAUGAAUGAGCUCCAAGAACUACCGGCCAGAGCUAAGCCAUUGGAGGACGGAAUUGAAGAACUCAAGGAAGCAAAGAAAAAAGUUUCGAGACAGCUGGAAUGGCUCGAGGAGGAGAGCGAGGAGCUUGAAGAACGACUGACUGGCAAUGAGUUCGGCUGUGAUUUGUCGGAGAUAACCCCAAAGAGAAAAAAGCCCCAUAACAGUGCACAGCUACCUGCAGGAGAGACCGAGAACGACACCCUCGCCACGCCCACCGUCCAAGAUACAGAUGGCACAGAGCUUCCAGAGGUCGAGAGGCUUAAGGAUAAGUUCUAUGAGCUCAGGUCUCGACGCAAAGAACUUCAAUCUCAGCGAAAGCAUAUCAAUCAGCAGGUUGAGAACAAAGCAAAGGAGCUGCGGCAGCUAGAGGAAGAAAAGAAAGAGAUGGAACAUGGCAUUCUGAGGUCUUGCAUAGAGGCGAGGAACAAAUUUUCUAAAACUCAGAUCAAACGUGACUUUGCAUUAGAGGUUCAGAGUAUGGACCAAGAAGCAGAAGACGACGACACCGAAGCCCAAGCCCGAGCUCCAUCUCAAGAUUAUGAAGAACUGGAGAAGAAUUUACCUGUCUUUUGCGUGUCGACUCGAGCAUAUCAGGGUCUUCGCGGUCGGCCUGACAUGGUGAAGGUUGUCGGUGGCUUUUCCCAAUUGGAGGAGACGGAAAUUCCGCUUCUUCAACGCCACUGUUUAAAACUCACCGAGAAGGCAAGAGAGGGUUCGUCCCGGAGGUUCCUGACCCAACUGAACCAGCUCCUACAGUCAAUGCUAUUGUGGUCUUCGGUGAGCUCGGCCUCGGGCAAGGCAUCCGAACAGAAGGUCAAGGAGCUUGAAGCCGACUUUGAAAAUGUUGUGGAAGUGUUAGCAGAAGCUAUGAAAACGAUUGAAAACCAGUCCAAGAGCGCCAUCAGAGAGAUAUUCCAGGACAAUAUCUUGAAUAAGCUCGGCCGAGCGUCGCGUAGUGCAAUUAGCGGGUUUCCUGAAGCUGUGUCUCAUUGGAAUGCUCCGGGUGGCGCUGGCGGAUUCCGAUAUAAUACCUACAAGGCCAUCUGUCGCCGUCGGGGUGUAUUUCACGGCCUGAUGCAGGAUUGGAAUCGAGACUUGGCGCGACCGAUGCUUGAAAAGAUUGGUCCUGGCUGGAAAAAAACCUUCGCUGAGCUACUUCCUCAGGUCAACAUUAGCUUGAUCAAAGAACUCGAGGCAGCCUUGGUGCGAUUUCACCUACAAGCUAUCGAUUCUACUAAACAAAGUGUCGCCCGUGAGACUCGACAGCGAUUACAGAGCACUUUUGAAGCCAGUCAUCAGGUAAUGCGUGAGCAAAUUUCACUGGUCGAGAAAUUCAUCGCUCAGGAACGAAAGCGCAUCCUUGGGGUGUUUGCAGAGGCUAUUUCCCAAGAACUGGAGCAAACCUAUCAGGCGUGUGCCUCGGAGACUGGAAUAGGAAGCUUAACGCGAAUUCGGACGCUGAUGCAGCAGGUGGCCGACAGCCGAGCUACCGCCGUGUUUCGAGGCAGCACGGAGCACGUAAGGCGUGAGCUGGAGGUGCUCCUCGACGAAUAUGAAGCCCAGGUUGAUCGAAUCAUUCAGUCAAGACUACGACGAAUUUCGCGUGAUUACCACGGGGCCUUGAUUGCACCGCAGAUCCGCAUGUGUACCAAAGAGCAAGUCCGAAUCACGAGGGAGGUGGCAAGUAUCAUUGAUAAUACGGAGGCGGAAUUACGGUUGCAAGAGUUACUGUAA